GCUGAUAAAAUUUAAUGUCAUUUAUAUUCAUUCAUAUUAUUUUUUUAUAUUAAAUAAUUUUUUUUAAAUCGUAGAAUUAAUUUGCCCGCCAAUAAAACUGGCUUGCCGACUGUCGGCAUAGAAGAUCAACACAGAAAUUUUAAUCUUAUUCUUUUUAAAAUAUUUUUUUUAUUUCUAAUUAUUUAUUUUAUUAUUGAAAAUAGUGCUUUUAUUUUAUUGUUAACAUUUAAAAAUUGUUCUUUUGAUUUUUAAUUUAUAAUAAAAUUUGUACGCAGUCGCAUUUGAUUGAAAUCAGUAGCCUUCAGUCAGUCGUGAUGCGCACGUUCAGUUUACAUGUCAGAGAUCCUGGCCGAUAAUAAUAAAAAGAAAAAAAAAGUAACCAAGGAUAAUAUUUAUUUUGUAUUGUUUAUAAAUAGAGUGAAAGAAAAAAAAAUAUUGUAAACAAGUGUGAAGUGAAAGUGAGUAAUAUUCAAAUACUUGAGGGUUAAUGUCAACAAUGAAUUGAUGGUAAACAUUGUCACUUUUGAAUUUUCUGAAACCACAUAAAAUUGAUUUACAUGAUAAAUAAUGUAAAAUAUUUUGCCAUUACUAAGAAUAACUUUAUUCAUAUCCGUUGAUGAUAAUAAAUAUUUUUAAAAUGUUUAUUACUCAUUUCCGAUAAAUAAUUGUGGUCAAUUAUUGAUGUAUGAGUGUGUUUAUAAACAUGAAUUGAUGUUGAUAUAUAAAAGAGAAGACGGAAGACAAUAAAGAGGAGUGAGUGAAUAAGAGGAAAGAGGAGAAAAGUCUGAAGGGCAAUGAUCCAACUCUCUUAGCGAUAUGGUCACUAUGAGCUCGGAAAAAUCAGCCAGUAGGCGGAAAUCAGUUGAUGGUGAAGUAAGCUUGAAAAAAGCUAAUGGAGAUGAUAAGAAUGAUGAUAAAAAUAGUCUACAAACGAAAGAAGAUAAAACAAUGACGAAAGUUAAAGUAUCAUCAACUAAUGAAACAUCAUCAAAGACUAAAAUAAAUGCCAGUUGUACUGAGGAUAGUCCUAAUUAUCUUGUUUAUAAAAAGAUGGAAACGAUAAUAGAAAAAAUGUUGGAUGAAAAUGAUGGUGUUCCUGUUAAAACUGUCAAGACAUUUAUGACUAAAAUUCCGUCGGUUUUUACUGGUACUGAUUUAAUUGCAUGGAUUAUGAAAAAUAUGGAAAUUGAUGAGCAAGAAUCACUGAGAAUGGCACACCUGAUGGCUUCCCAUGGCUAUUUAUUUCCAAUUGAUGAUCACUGCCUUACUGUAAAAAAUGAUAAUACAUUUUAUCGAUUCCAAACACCCUAUUUCUGGCCAUCGAAUUGCUGGGAACCAGAAAAUACUGAUUAUGCUGUUUACUUAUGUAAACGAACGAUGCAAAAUAAAACACGACUGGAAUUGGCGGAUUAUGAGGCUGAAAAUCUAGCAAGACUCCAGAAGAUGUUUUCAAGAAAAUGGGAAUUUAUUUUUAUGCAAGCUGAAGCACAGAGUAAGGUUGAUAAAAAACGAGACAAAUUGGAAAGGAAGAUUCUUGAUAGUCAAGAGCGAGCUUUUUGGGAUGUACACAGACCAAUGCCUGGAUGUGUUAACACAACAGAACUGGACAUAAAGAAGGCAUGCAGAAACAAUAAAUCAAAUGUUAAGGCAAGUAAACAUCUUCAAAUUGGUGUUGAUUGUGGAAGAAUAUCACCCACACAUACUAAUGUACAGGAUACGAAUCCAUCCAUUGAGGCACUACGAAAGGAAAUUGAUUUACUACAGCAGAGACUUGAUAGAAGAAACAUCAAACUGUCCAAAGUUGCUGAAGCACUCAUUGGAUACUUUGAACAGUAUAUCGAGUAUGAUCCACUUUUUACUCAACCAGAAUUCAGUAAUCCUUGGAUCUCUGAUAGCCCUGAGUUAUGGGAGCAAGAUAAAUUGGCCAAAGAAAUAUCUGUGAGGAGAGUUAAGAGAUGGGCUUUCAGUUUGAAAGAACUCCUGCAAGAUCCUAUUGGUCGAGAUCAGUUUGUUAAAUUUUUGGAUAAAGAAUUCAGUGGAGAGAAUCUCAAGUUCUGGGAUGCAGUACAGAACUUGAAGACAUUACCACAGAAAGAUGUUAAAAUUGGUGUUAAUGAUAUUUGGAAUGAAUUCCUUGGGCCUGAUGCUAGCUGUCCUAUCAAUGUUGAUUCUCGUUCGUAUGAGAUCACUAAAAAAAAUUUAGAAAAAUCCGAUCGUUGGUCUUUUGAUGUUGCUGCUGCACACGUCUAUCAUUUGAUGAAAAGUGAUAGUUACUCUCGAUAUCUGCGUUCUGAAAUGUACAAGGACUUUUUAAAUGGAUCAAAGAAGAAAACAUCAGUCAAAGGUUUAAGAAGCAUUGUGUCAUUUGGUGGUAGUCGUAGAGACCCCACAGGACUCUAGGAUGUCAAAAGAUGUGGGAUUGAAGUGAUGGAAAUAAAGAAAAAACAAUUUACUUCAAUUAAUUGUGGAAUUGAUAUGAUUUCCAAUUGAUUUCAUGAAUCCAAUAAUUGUGGGAUUUAUUCACAAU